AGCUGAUGCCGGAUGUGAAGUGAGAGCUAACACACCACUUGACUGCCCUGCAGGCUGGAAAUGGUACAAAGGUCGAUGUUUUUUGUUUGUGGAAGAUCCAACUAGAUGGAUAAUGGCAGAGAACGACUGCCUCUCAAUGGAUGGGAAUCUGGCCUCAUUUCACACUAUAGAGGAGUACAACUUCAUCAGAGACCUUAUCUACAAAGCAGCUAAAAAACACACAGAAACUUGGGUUGGAGGUCAUGAUUCAGCACAGGAAGGCUACUGGAUGUGGACUGAUGGUUCUAACUUUAUUUUGAAGUCCUGGGGCCCCCUGGAGCCAGAUAAUAAGCAAGGAAAGGAACAUUGCCUGUUGAUGAACUCUUCUGAACAAGAUCAUACAGCAGAUGAAAUCUGUAGCAAGAAGUUUCCCUACGUCUGUGUUCGAUCCCUGUAACCUUCCUUUGCCUAAUAAUCUGAACUGUAUGGCUUUCCUGCUGGUGAUGUCACUUCCACCUGGAUGUCAAGUCUCGAUGACAUCACUGCUGGAAGAACCUGAUUUCACUUUAUUUGAUCACUGAAAUAAAUGUUUUCUUUC